AUGCUUAAGUCUAGAGUCAUUACACAUUUAAAUACUAGACCCUUUAACUAUGCUAAUAUUAGGACGUUGGCAUCAGCUACUGCUACAGCCCCUUCUACAAAUAAUAAAGUUGUUGUAGAUCCUGUUGUUAGCCAUGGCACUCAAGAUUCACCAUUUGAUUAUAACGGAUUAUUUGAAAAAGAAGUGAUGGCCAAACGAUUAGAUAAAUCUUAUAGAUAUUUUAAUAAUAUUAAUCGUUUAGCUAAAGAAUACCCUAUGGCACAUCGUAAACAAGAAAAUGAUAAAGUGACUGUUUGGUGUUCUAAUGAUUAUUUAGCAUUAACACGUCAUCCAGAUAUUAUUUCCAAGAUGAAAUUAUCAUUAGAUAAAUAUGGGUCUGGUUCUGGUGGUACAAGAAAUAUUGCAGGUCAUAAUAAUUCUACAUUAAAAUUAGAAGCUGAAAUUGCUACAUUACAUAAAAAGGAUGCUGCAUUGGUAUUUACGUCAUGCUUUGUUGCCAAUGAUGCAAUCAUUUCCUUAUUUGGUAAGAAAUUACAAGAUUUGGUGAUCUUUUCUGAUGAGUUGAAUCAUGCAUCAAUGAUUCAAGGGAUUAAACACUCUAAAGCCAAGAAACAUAUUUUUAAAAAUAAUGAUCUUGAAGAAUUAGAAUCAUAUUUACAAUUAUAUCCUAAAUCUACACCUAAAUUAAUUUGUUUUGAAAGUAUUUAUAGUAUGACAGGUAAAGUAUCUAAUAUUUCUAAAAUAUGUGAUUUGGCCGACAAAUAUGGUGCUAUGACCUUUUUAGAUGAAGUCCAUGCUGUUGGUUUAUAUGGACCACAUGGUGCUGGUGUAGCAGAACAUUUAGAUUUUGAAAAACAUUUGAAAUUAGGGAUAUCCAAGGAUCCUGAAAGAAGUAGUAUCUUGGACCGUGUUGAUAUGAUCACUGGGACUUUAGGUAAAUCAUUUGCCACAGUAGGUGGUUAUGUUGCUGCUUCAAGAAACUUGGUAGAUUGGUUAAGAUCAUAUUCACCUGAUUUCAUCUUUACCACUACAUUGCCACCACAUGUAAUGGAAGGAUCAGCAGAAACUAUUAGAUAUCAACGUCAUCAUUUGGAAUUGAGAACUAUUGAACAAACCAAUGUAGAAUAUUUGAAACAAGGAAUGAGUGAUUUAGGAAUUCCAAUAAUACCAAAUACAAGUCAUGUCAUCCCUGUUUUAAUUGGUAAUGCUGAAUUAGCUAAAAAAGCAAGUGAUAUUUUAAUGAAUAAACAUCGUAUUUAUGUACAAGCCAUCAACUUCCCUACAGUGGCAAGAGGUACAGAAAGAUUAAGAGUGACACCUACACCAGGACAUAGUUUGAAACAAUGCCAAGAUUUCCUUGAAGCAUUGGAAGAUGUUUUUAAUACAUUACAAUUACCAAGAAUUAAAGAUUGGGCUUUACAAGGUGGAUUCUUAGGAUCUGAAAAUGGAUAUGACAAGAGUAUGAAUCUUUGGACACCUGAACAACGAGCUUUAACUAAUGAUGAUUUAAACAAGAAUGUGUUCGAUCCCAUUAUUGAUGAUAUUGAUAUUUCUAGUGGUGUUGCAUAA